UAUAUCUUGGUUAGGGGACUAGCAAGUUUGGCAAUUGCUUCCGUGACUGAGCCGUUCCCUUACGUGCAGUCACGGCUAUCUUAUAGUCAUCCAAAAAAUGCGCAUCUGACCUGGUUUUAACACGCCUUGAACAUUUUGAAUGCUACCUGGCUGGCAAAUCACAGCAGUCAACGCACAGAAAUGUCGUUCACAUUCGAAUGGCCACGCUUCUCAGACCAGUUUCACACAGAUGCUAUCCAGAUGCUCAAUAACGCACUCAACAAGGGCAACAAACCCCCAGUCAUCGCCGACAAAAUAGAAGUCGUCGAACUUGAGAUGGGUACACAGCCACCAGAACUCGAAAUUCGCGAUAUCGGUGACUUGACAAUGGACCACUUUCGCGGCAUAUUUCGCUUCACCUAUGCAGGAGAUGCACAUAUCGUUCUCAAGACAAAAGUGCAGGCGAAUCCAUUGAAUCACAAACAGCCCGACAUACAUAUCAUGACAGGCUCUCGUGGCAUGCUAGCCGCAAAAGACCCUCUCGUAGUCCCAAUGCUCCUCCGUCUCUCCCACUUCAAACUCAAUUCCUAUGUCGUCCUAGUCGUCUCAAAGCAAAAGGGCAUAACUCUCGUAUUCAAGACAGACCCCCUCCAGAACGUAGAUAUAAACAGCACAUUCGACUCCAUCGCCGUAAUCCAAAAGUUCAUCCAGCGUGAGAUCGAAGGCCAGCUUAGGCAGAUGUUCAGGGAAGAUCUACCAGGAAUCAUACAUCGUCUCAGUCAGCAGUGGGUAAAGGCAAAAGUAGAGGCACCAUAUCUCGACAAGCGAAAACCAACUGCUCGGCGCAGAGCCUUCGAUGCUGUUUCUGCGCCUGAUCUCGCUUAUAUGUCGCCUGGGUUUUCCGGUAUCGGGCUACACAUGUUCCGCCAGCAAUCCGUCAGCUCUCUCUCCUACGGACGUGUACGCUCAAUAUCAGGCGCAUCUGUAUCAAGCUCAGCCCGUAGAAGUAUCCGAACCUCCCCCACUCCCCUUCCCACGAACCCGCCAGUAUCAGACCCAUCUUCCCCCAAUCCCGACCAAGAAAUUUUUGACCCAACAUACGGCCUCCGUCCAGAGGGUCUCCCAACAAAGAGCGUCUUCUCAUCCUUCAGUCGCCUCUUCACGCGGAACAUGGGGCUUGCAGACCUCGCCGAAGAGCCCGAAGAAGACGAAAGCUUAGCAGACGAAGGAGAGCAAACUUCAUUCGAUGUCGUUGACUGGGAAGACACGGUACCCGAAUAUUCACCACCACCGACCGUCGUCGAGGAGUCUGUCACAGAAUACGAAACCCUGCCCGCAGUGGGUGGUGGCACUAUCACCCGUCCGCGUGUAUACCAUUCCCAAUCCAUGAUCCAGACGCCCUCGGAAACAUCCCGUUUGCCAGACGCAGCUUCUGUCCGUUCAGACCCUCAGUCUCGUCCGUCGCGCUUCUCCUCCCACAGACCACAUUCGAGUUUCAACCCUUAUUUCCCUCUUACACCUUCACUUUACGGCGAACCGUACCACCGUACACGAUCAGAGCCCGGGUACGAAGUCCCCACGCAACAUCUCCCACCACGCCCCAUCACGCCCUCCAGCCUCGAAACCCAAUUCUCCUCGAGCAGCGGCCUCAUCGACACCCCGCCCUCCUCCAUCGCACCCCUAGACACAAACACAGACACAGACACAGACGUACCCCUCAAACACCUCAACUCCCGCCGCCUCUCCACCUCCUCCUCCAGCAUGAACCACUUCGACACCUGGAACAGCCCCACACACACAGACCCCGACCCCGACCCUGUCAUCCUCCGCCCCGCCCUAAACAACACCAUUUCCCAACUAAGCACCCUCUCCCAUUCGAAUCACACAUUGUCGCCUUAUACACGCUCGCUUGCUCAUUUUACGGUGAGGAGUGUGCCUCCGAGGAUGGGGGGGAAGGAGCAGGCGAUAAGUGAGAGGCCGGGUGGGAAGGUUAAGGCGAGGAGGAAAAGGAUGUAUAGGAUUGGAAGGGGGAAGGCAAAGGGGCCUGAGGUAGAGGUGGGGGCGACGGGUACUCAUCCUCAUCCUCAAUCAUCAACAGAAUUGGAAUCGAAAUCGGACCCGCCGCUUUCGCCUGUACCUCCUUCAGAAUUCGAUCAAUCUGAUAUGGAUCGAUAUUUCCGCUCACCACCACUCCCAUCACAACAAUCCUUGUCCUUAUCACUAUCCCCAUCCCCAGAUAUGCUGCGCCCCUCAUCUCACGACAUUCGAAGACGACGUCCGCAUUAGAUUGAUUCCGCGGUUUGACUCGAUUGAUGACGAUGAUGAUGAUUGAUUGAUUGAUUAUGGCAGUGCAUGGCUUGUAGCAUAGUAUACAGACAUAUCUUAUCUUACACAUUACA